UCGCGCACCCAACACCGAUCGACAGUUCUACACAGCCAGUCGAAAUGUUCGGGCAAAUUGUUCUACCAGACGGCGAUUUUCGCCCUUUUAUUCGUCGAGUUGCGCGCGAUUGACGCGGAAUCACCGAAUACGUGCGAAUCGGUGAAUGCGAGUAGACCACCGAUAUUUUCGGUGGGUGAAAGUCCGCGGUGUGUUUCUGUGAAUUUUCCCUUCUUUAGCUGUUUUUUUUUUCCCCUCACAUAUAUUUUCUACAAUUUUCAGAAUGAUAUCUGGAACGAACAUGGAUCCACCGAGAAACGUACCAUUCGAUUAUAGUUAGUGAAUUUGAAUUGAAACGUAGUAAAUUGGUGUCUAAUUUUUUUUUCAAAUACAUACAUAAAAUACUCUAAAGUUCGUGAAAUCGAAGGAUUGAAUAUCGUUUUUUUUUUUUUUUUUUUUUUUUCAAUUUUCUCCUACCGUCAAAAAAGAGAAGAAGACUAAAAAGAAAGUAAAAGAGCGAGAAAGUAAAAUGAUCGAGAGUAAUUAAAAGCCGAUUCGGAAUCCUGAACUUUGCUGAUUUCUACCAUUUGUAAAAAGAAAAGUAAUUUUCCUUUCGCGACGCUACUAAAGAAGAAACAAAGAUGUUCUACAACCACGUCGCAGUUCUCGGACUUUUCGUCCUCUGCUCUGCCCAAUCGACGAUAAGACCUGGAGGCAGGAUGUGCGGCACAAUGCAAUGCUUACCGAACGAAUAUUGCAGCACGUUCGACAGCCAAUGUCAGACAUGUGCGAAAAUUUGCGAUCCGACAACUCACAAUCACGACCUGCCGAAAUGCACGGCUCACUGUCAAGAGUAUCUCCUCGACCAGCGUUACGUGCUGCGUAAAGAGCUGCUGGGGGAGGAUCCUAACCUAAGAGCCGAAGUCCAACGACUGAAAAAUCUGGUAACCAUUACGCUGACGGUGACUUGUCUUGCGGUCCUAGUAGUGGCUUUGCUUUUGGUUUGGAAGUCUCAGCCGAUAAAGAAGAUCCGAAAAUCGUGGCAGGGGGGACAGCUGAGCAAGAAAUGGGUGAAGAAACCGACGAACAACAAUCGAGUGCAAGACGACGUCGAGGUCGGUCAAAACCCGAAACAGAAUGGCCUGAAGUUGGCCAUGCCGACGAUAAGUGCGACCGUAGUUGCGCCGAGGAGCGAAGUCGGCGACGGUACUCCGAACACGACAAGCACCCCGCUCUCCAGGAGGCAUCCCAGCGAAGACACGACCCUGGAUUACGCCUACGACAAUCAGGGGAUGACCCCGAGUCCGGAAACCGUUCAACCGCGCACGAAACGCGAGAGUUCUUUCUAGACUUAACGGAGAUGAAAAGUUGAAGAAUUCAAAUCUCCCGGGGUUCGAUCAGGGACAUCAAAAAAUUGAACGAUUCUUCGAGAGCGUUCUGCAGUCCGUCCUUACCGACCGAAUGAAAUGUAUCACUUGUUCUUUUGAAACCAAAUACGGUUUUGCAUAUCGUUGUUCGGAAUUUGGAAUUUGGUAUAAAGUUGUGCUAUAAUUGGUGGUAUUUUCGCGUGAGCGAUUAUAGUCAAAAUAAGUCACAUUUCACUCGGUCGGUAAGGACUGACUUUUUAUGCGGAAAAAGAAAUUGUGGAAUAAAAGAGGCGGACGGGUAAAUAUUCGUUCCUCGACAUUCUUUAGCAUGUGCGGUGCGCACUGCUUUUUUUUUCUCUUUUUUGUACAAUAUUUUAUAAAAGGGAAAUUUCGUUUUUACCCACGCGGUGUUUUCACCCGUUUGUUGAUUUAUUUUUUCUGUGUAAUAUACUUACCGCACAGAGUGGCUCUUCUCAACUUUGCUCAACAAGUUUGACAAAGCGCAGCUGUCAGGGACAGUAUUGCGAAAACGUCAAUUUGUUACUUCGUGUUUUCGAUUUUAUACGGACUUUCCGAAAUCCUUUUAAAAUUACCAUAUUCGCGCUAAUGAAAGAAAUCACUUAGAAGCAAAUAAAAACAAAAACAAAGCAGAUUGUCACUGUUUAUAAGAAUUCAUUUUGUUUCUUGUAAACAAAAAAAAAAAAAAAAAACAAGAAAAGUUGACAAUUUUUGUGAUAUUCUGUGAAGAUGUGAAAAUAUUGUAACAAUUGUAGUAUUAAAUUAAUGAAACUAUAUCGAUUAAAAAUAAAUCACCUGAAAUUCUGUGCGUAAUAUAACAUUAGCUGAAGUAAAUAGGUAUAGAAAACGAGUGAGAUUUUCAUUUAAAAAUAAGAUUCUAAUCACUUUGGAGACAUGCGUGUAUUUUCUAUCUCAUAGACAGCGUUAGAUAUUUUUACGUAUGUGUUUAAAAAAUAAGUAUUAUUCGUAUCUUCUAGAUAUUACGUUAAUAUUGUUAUUAUAUAGGAUAUGAUAAGUGUGACUGCGAUGCAGUGAAUAUAGAACCGUGCGGCUGUGUGACUUAAAUAUUUGAUUGACUAGGUAUUGAAGCCUAAGACGAACUUAAGAGCAAUAUUUUAGUACACGUAGGUAUAAAUACAACAAUUUGACUGUUUUUUUUUUUUUUUUUUCUUACAGUUGAAUAAUAUAGUCUUAACGAUACUGUUGAUAACCAAUUUUUCUAUCGCGUAUCACCGUCUCUGUAACGUAGAUCAGGCUGACGGCGUUAUUUCUUUAUUCGACUUUCCUUAACUUCUUCUCUUCGUUAAUCACUUCCUAAAAGUAUCGUAACCUUAUCAGCCAUUCCGUCCAUGAAAGGCCUUAGUAGCAUUCGCGUACAAAUACGUACGGCUUGCAUAGGGGAAUUUCAUAAUUUCGCGUCACUUGACAGAAUCUGCCUUAGAACCGCCGCUGGAAGCUCAAUAAACCCUUUCGUACCUCUUCGUUCGCUGUGAAGUACCUUCUACGCUCAAAGUAACGCUCAAAAUCACUUGGUGUCUAUGCGAAAAUGAAAAA